AUGUACCGCGACUGGAAUAAACGCGCUCAAGCUGCCAGUGGAAAUCUCAAGUGGUAUCGUCUCCAAGAACUUGUAGCUUACAUCCAUGGCUUACGAGAGUACAUUAUAAAUUCUAUUGGGAAGCGAUCGGAAGCAUACACAUACAAGCUGCAACCUGUUUCUUGUCCAGCUACGCGCAUCAGCCGUUUUCCAGAGAAUGAAAUGUACGUUUGCGAAGGUGUUGGUGACUGGUGUCGACAAAUAGACCAAUUGCUGCUACUGGUGAGCAUUCUCCUUCAUCCCAAUAAGCUCGACCGUGAAUACUUCAACCUGAAAACAAAAGGGGACGCUGAAAUGGCAUUCUUGGAUUCCGUAUCCCGCUUGCUGCAUGAAGUCGAGGCGCUAAAUAAUGUCAUUGAUCGCUCAACCUUUGAAUCCCGAUACAACCUGAAAUGGAUCAACAAUGGUCAACCAUCAUCACCACCACCAAAAUCUCACGAAUCGAUUGAAGAGGAUUGA